GACGGAAAUCACGAGCACGCGAUUUAUUCCGAACUCAGCAGACGCGUUGUCUUCUCACCUCGGAAACUUCGAGUGUUUCGGAUUCUCCAGCGGAUAUGACCUUAGCAAAUGAUGAGAGAGUGACAGAGUUGGCGGCAGAUUGCAGCAAUGAUGAGCCUAAGGACAGUGCUCAGAAUUGUGGACAGGCAAAGUCGAGACUGGCAGAUAUCCAGGGCAUUGUAUGUGGCAUCCGUUCUGAAUGCGACAACUACUGACCGUCUGUUCUGCGGAGUAGAUGGGCGAGCUCUGCCACGGUCAAUUUCGUCAUUUUCUCGGUUUAUUGGCCAACACCUGCGCUGUCACAAAAUUCUUAAUCGAAAAAGGAUCAGAUCAGUUGUAUCUUGCAGCUCAAGAGUUCACCAGAGAAAACCCGGAGCUGCUGCAAUAUAUCAUGAAUGGACCUCAUACUACUAUAAUACGGAGAGAUGAACUGUCCUUGCCACCGAAGGGCAUGGACCCUGAUUCCUCGACUCACCACCAACCCCAAACUAUGAGUACAGACAUUGUGGCCGAAAAGGAUACGUCAAGUCAAGAUCAUCCGACCCCUUCGCGGUCAGAAAUCUUCGCGCCAGUCACGCCCAUGCCGCAGAAGUCUGAGUUGCCGGAUUCAGAUUCCGUCCCAGCUAUGAUCGCCGCCACAGCGCCCGAGAAAGAACAGACGACGCCGACCGUUACAUGCAGCCCGCAGAAUAUGGAAGGAGGGACGCAAGUUGAAAAACUUAACUCCCAGGCUGAUAUACAGGCCGACGAUGGGUCCGACAAUCGACAGGAAUCUCCGGAGAGCCAAAAGACACUAUCUUUACCGAUUGCGGAAACAAACUCGGAGCGAAAACCGUCUCUUGACAGUCCAUGCCGAACCAACUCUGUAUCUGACAAUGAGCUCUCCACGGGCCCUUUUCCACAGCCAUACCACGGGCGUGUGGUGUUCCCACAAAACACCCUACCACAGCAGCAGUCUAUCGCGAAUUAUACGAUGAUACCGGAUGUUUACGGACCUCAGAGUUCCAUGGUUUACAAUAUGCCUAUUCAGUUGCUUGCAGGUUCCAUGCAAGCGGGCCAAACACUUCCAUCUUUCACAGGACAAAUUCCUACUGGUCCAAUGGUUAUGAGUGGCCAUGUCGAACAAAGUGGAGUCGAUGUUCGAUUAAUUAAUCCCUAUCAUUCCCAUGUGGCUCCCUCAGCUGGUCUGAUGAAUGUGAAUGCAUCGGUUCCGUCGACUUUCCUUACCGCGGCUCAAUUGCCCUCCAUGGCUCAGGGGUCGACUUUUCACACUGCGCUGCCAAGUGUCUCUGGGCCUCCGGCACAGCACCCCGGUGGGCCGGCUUACGUCUCAAACCUGACAGGAUCCGAAGGCUUGUGGGAGACGGGGGCCACCGGGCCGCUCGGUGGAUACAUAGUACCUAGCGAUAUGUGUUAAGGCGUAUUUACAAUCAACUUCGCACCAAGAAUCUGGCGCCACCAGGUCGUCAUGAUAAGAUUGUCAAUUGUGUAUGCUCCGUUUUUACCUCUUGUGUAACGCUUGUUCUGUGCUUUUUCUCCUCGGUACUCGUGUCACAGCGACGACGAGAAUGCGUUCUUCCACCGAUAGGGCAAGAUAUACUGAAA